AUGCUGUCAAAGUCCGGAGAAUCGGUACAAGAAUUUAUGACUACGUUAAAAAAGUUAGCAAGUCACUGUGAAUUCGACCCAUUUUUGGACGAUGCACUUCGCAACAGACUAAUUGUAGGUCUAGCGGAUGAAGCUUGUCAGAGAAAAUUGCUGGGUGAAUCAUCAUUAACUUUUCAGAAAGCAUGUGAAAGAGCUUUAGAUUCGGAAUUAGUGAGAAAUCAGUCUAAUCAAAUAAUAAAUAAACCACAAGUUAAUUGGAUCGUGGAAAAUAAACAGUCUUAA